AUGUUGAUUUCAACGCUGUUUUUGUUGCUCCUCUCAGCAAUCUCUGUCCUAGCACUGCCGGCCAACAAAGCCAACGACAUGACACACGCCCAAUCUAAGCAGUACAUUGAAGGAGCUGAGGACGAGGAAUUCGUUGAGGCGUACCCAGCAUAUGCCAACGCCGCCGACUCAGCAAAGGUUAUGGGGAAAGCAGAAGCACAGGAUUUGGCCAAGCGUCGGUUUGCUGCCGAGUACAUUGAAGGGGCUCUGGGGGAGGAGGCGGUUAAGGCGUAUCUGGCCUAUGUCAAUAUCGCAGACUCGAAGAUGGUGUUGGGAGAGUAA